AUGAUAAUUGAAAGUGUUUCAGAUAUUGAAAGGAUGAAGUCGUCAGCUGCAGUUAUUGCCCAGUCGUUGACUGAGUUUGGUCGAUGUCUCAAGGAAACUGAAUUACCAAAUGACGCCGAAAGUACAUCACGUAUUCUAGAAGCGCAAACUGCCGAACGAGACGCAAUUAAAAAAAAACUUUCUUUCCUGGUGCGGGGGAGGUGGAGGAAGGGAUAA